ACCCGCGCUUCUCAGUCUAACAUCGCGCGCGAACGAGAGUUGCCACAUGUAAAAAAAUAAAGAAAAAAGCAACAUGGCGUCUAAGUAUUUGUUAGUUUUUUUAUUGCUAUUUUGUUAUGAAGUCCAGAGUGUAUCGAUUUUGGAACAGGGUUACGAGUAUUUUGUGAAUUUGGGCAAGAAUUUGGCUCCGAAUUUGCUGUCGAUAUUAGAAUGUGUGGGUCAGAAUGAGGCUUGGCAGUGUGCUCGGGAGAAAGCAGGGAAGAUGCUGGACGGCUUUGAAGAUGAGGUGGAAAAAGAGAGGAGAAGUUGGGAAGAGGAGGCUGAUGCAGAGAUCAGGACAUCAGGUCGAUCCAUUGAGGAGAUGCCUUCGAAGAUAGGCCGGGAGAUCACCGACUCACUAGGCUCCUUAACCACUAUCGUCGAACGAGGAAUGGCCAGAGCACUUGGCAAGAAACACCACGAAGGUGGUGGAAUAGACAGCAUCACCAUCUCAACUGGGGGAGACAAGAAAAAGAUGAAGAAAAAGAAGACCAAACCGCCCAAGAUCCACCUCAUCCAUCCAGUCAUGAUGCCUCUAAGGAAGGCUCCUAAGGAAGAGAAAGGUCGCAAUUUCGGCUCCGGUGUCCAAUCUUGGGUGAUAGGAGAGAGGUCUUUGCCUGCCCAGGAGAAUGCGACUGAAGUUUCCAGGGGCCUAGUGACCGAUUUCUGGGCGAUGGGCCAGAAUGCUCUGGACUCUCUGGCUGAGCAUGUGGUUGAGAAUGAGAAUCUGGAGAAUGGAAUUAAGGAUAGGAGUUCUGUUGAAGAACAAAGAGGUAAGAAAAAGAAGAAAAAGAAGGCUAUCCUCAAGCUGUUGAUCUUGGGAGCUGUCAUCAAGGCGAAGAUUGGGACUCUGUUGCAAAUCCUCACGUACAAAUUACAGAUUAAGUUCUUCAUAGUAGCGGUGCUGGGUCUGGCAAUCAACCUGGCCAGACUCUGGAUCGACCUGAAGAACAAACACAGCCAACAACCGCAGAAGAUAAUAUACUACGAGCACGCUCAGCAUCAGCACCACUACGACCAUGAAGAGGAGGAGCACGGCUGGGGGCCAUGGUCCAGGAGUAUACUGCCUGAUGAUGAAAGCGAGGCAGACGUGAGCGAAGUAUCUCCCUACAAGGCGCAAGAGAGAAGCCCAUUAGUCUAUAGCCGUCCUUAUCUAACGAGGGUAUAAUAUAUAACGCUGUCUCUUUCACUCCAGUCAUAGAACAUAACCUAUAAACGCUUGCUUGACAGUUGACAUUAUUUUGACA